AGUUGGCGACGACCGGUGCUGCCUGUCCCGCACCGCUGUACCAACCGGGCGUCAUCACCGGCCCGCCGCCGGCCGACGGCGCACCGCCGGGCGACAGUGGUGUGCUGGCCACGCCGGCGGACUGCGGGGUCACCGUCGACUACGCGAAGACGCCGAUGGCUGGGCCGGCGGCAGUGGUGGCCGGCGGAAGCGAUCCGGGUGACGGUUGGCUGGGCUGGCUCAAGGACACUGUCCAGAAGAGUGAGGUGCUAACGAAGGUGGCCGAGCGGGCGCGCACCUCCAUGGAUACCGUGAUCACCACGCUUGGACCCCUCAGAUGCGGGACCUGA